UCAUGCUGCUGCCAAGGUCCAGUGGUGCUUCAUGGGUCUCCUGUACGGCCUCCCAUUGCUGCUGUCUCCAUCGCCACACUCUGCCAUGUGCCACUUUCAGGUCUCCUCACACUGCUGGUGUGUUCCAUUUUUUGUCAUAGGGUGCUGGCAGAUUACGGGCCUCCAUAGCUGCUGCCAGGCCCCUAAUCUGCCAUGGGCCCCUAUACCGCCUCCUCAUGCUGCUGCCAGGUCCAGAGUCUCUCAUGGGUCCCUGUACGGCCUCCCAUUGCUGCUGUCUCCAUCGCCACACUCUGCCAUGUGCCACUUUCAGGUCUCCUCACACUGCUGGGUGUGUUCCAUUUUUUGAC